GACCGAACAAUUCGCGAAGAAGCGAGCCGUCGCGAGAGAUUGCCAACCCAGCACACGCAGAGAAGCCACCGUGGAGCUUUUCCUUCGCAAGUUGGAAGGCAAACAGUUACAGAGGCGAAAGGAGCUAACGAAGUGAAAGGAGUCACAGAAGCAAAAGGAGUGAGCAUACAGCAGCGUUCCCCCGCACGCUCGUACUUUCGCUUGUCACUUAGAAACGCUCAGAAGCGGCUUCUUCAGAAUUACCAGCCCACACGUUAGCCGGGUAGGCGCUUCGUUCCCCCGCCCCUCAUGCCCUCGCCGCUUCCCCCUUCUUUGCAUUGUACAGAAGAGAUAAAGAGCCCCUGUGCCCAGAUCGGCCCCUGGUCCCCGUUUGAGGAACUCCCAGUUUGAAAGGUCCCUCGUUUGAGGAGCCCCUCGUCGAAGGAGCACCCUUUUUGGAAGCCCCCCGUUUGAGCACCCACACCGAUGGCAGGGCUCAGCGCGGGGUACGACCUAUCCGUCUCGACGUUCUCCCCAGACGGGAGGCUGUACCAGGUGGAAUACAUUUACAAGGCCAUCAACAGCAAUAACACGGCCCUGAGCCUGGAGUGCAAAGAUGGGCUGCUCACCUGUUGCGUAAAUUCAAAUUUGCUUAAGAACAAAAUGAUAAAGCACAGUAGCUACAGUAGAAUCCACCACAUUAAUAAUAACGUGAUCGUCACCUAUGCUGGGCUCGAUGGAGAUGCCAGAAAUAUAAUUGAUCGAGCGAAAUAUGAAGCGAACAGUUACUACUUGAAUUUCCACACGAAUAUCCCUCUGCACAUUUUGGCCAACCGCGUUUCUCUUUACCUGCACUCGUUUACGCUGUACUGGCACUUGCGCCCCUUUGCCUCCUCCAUCAUACUGGCGUCCUUCGACGAGAAGGAGAAAGGCGAAAUCUACUGCGUGGAGCCGAACGGAGCCUGCUACAAAUACAGCGGAGUAGUCAUCGGGAAGAACAAGGAAAUGUUUAAAACUGAAAUUGAAAAGAGAAACUACAAAGACGUGGACGUGAAGGAAGCCCUCGUGGAUAUUUAUAAAAUAAUUUUAACAAGUGACGACCACAUGAAUAAGAACAACUUGCCUCACCUGGUUAACUUCUCUUGGGUGUGCAAAGAUUCUUCUUAUGAAUACCAGGUGGUUGAUUCGGAGACGCUGAACGAGGCCAUGCGCGUGGCCGUGGAGUCGGUGGAGCAGUUGAACCAGUAGGGGGCUGCGCGCAAGUAGCGGCAGGCGAACAUUUAUUGGCACCUUCUCGGUGGUACAUCCGUGCUGGAAACACUUGGUUGAGCAGGCGCGCUGAUGAUGGAGAUGCCGCGUUGA